GUCGGAUGCAGCAGCACGCUGCGUGCUCGCGUGGGAGACUGAGCUCUUUGGCAAAAGAAGACAUUAUCUUACCUGUGCAGCCGGCCACUAGCUACUCGAAAUCCCUGCCAAAAAGAAAAAUAAUGGGUCACUCGGCAUCCCCGCAGCAUAAAGAAAAAUAAUGGGUCACUCGGCCGUAUGGUGACUCGGAACGGAGUAGCUGCAUCUGACUGGUUUGAUAUAGGUAUAUUCAUACACGCGAUCCGUUCAUUCUUCUUGUAGUACUACCUCUCUUGAGCUCUCACUCCAGGAGCUAGCAAUUUCGUUGCGGUUCUGCGACAUAGCUUGCUGCCGUAAGCCGAAUCAACCUUCAUAUCAUGCUGGGUAACGUAGCUCAUCCACAGGUUGGCGUACCAAUGGGUGGAACACUGAUGCAAUCUUGGAUGGAGCUGUGGAAUGAGUGGGAGAUCCAAACUGUUGUUGUCGCCAGCUUCAGUCUGCAGGUUCUCCUCUUUUUCUUUGCUGGGAUCCGCCGCUACACCGUCUCUUCUAUUCUCAAGGUCCUCCUCUGGUUUGUAUAUCUGUUUGCUGAUGUCGUUGCAACAUAUGGCCUGGGUCACAUGUCCUCGUCAGUGUCGAAGAAAUCGUCUAGCGAGCACCAGCUAGUGGCGUUCUGGGCGCCAUUCCUCCUGCUGCACCUCGGCGGCCAGGACACCAUCACUGCGUAUGCCUUGGAGGACAAUGAACUCUGGCGGCGCCACCCCCCAAGGCGACGUACACCUUUUCUCCUGAGGAUUUAUGCCUAUUUUUCCCCCAAGACCUUUUCUCGUGAGGGGGAUGACCAAAAAGGUGGAGACUGCUUCACCAAAAACAAACAAUUUAGAGCAUAUGAAUUUAUUGUGAUGACAGCACACGAGUUGCGCCAUGUACUUGUCAAGCCUUUAAUCAUAGACAGGAAUGAGGCGUCCAUAGACUGGAAUUAUAAAACAACUGCUCUUGUAAAGGGUCUUGUACAAGGAUUUCCAUGGCAAGACGACGAGAGCGAAGAUGCAUUGGCAAAGGAGCAGAGGACUGUUGGGGAGCUGUACAAGGGAAUAGAGGUGCAGCUCGGCCUGAUGUAUGACAUGCUCUACACCAAGGCAGAAGUGAUCCACAAAAGCCGUGGCCACUGGAUCCGUGCCAUUUCACUUGUGUGUUGCUUCACCGCUCUUGUGGUCUUCACAAGAAGCAAGAGAGAUGGAUACAGCACACCCAACAUUGUUAUCACUUUUGCUCUUCUGGGCGGAGCUUGCGCACUGGAGGUCACAUCUGUUUUAAAGGCGAUUGGGUCAACCUGGACAUAUGACAUCUUGAGACGCUACAGAUGUAAGUGGCUGGCCAAUGCAGUUCUGUUUGCACGUUACCACCUCGUCGUCGUCAAGGAUGGAAGGUGGUCCAAUUCCGUCGGGCAAUUUGACUUCAUAUCCUUCUGUGUUCACAGCAGCAAGAGGGGCCUCAAGGGAACAAUAGCCCGUUUGAUUGGGGUCAAGGACUUGUGGGACAAAGCUCGCUGCACCAAACAUGCCAAGCUUUCACCUGCCGCGAAGGAGUUCGUAUGGGGCUUGCUCAAAGGUGACAAGACUCAUAUGGUUGAAAUUGAAGAGGCGGACAUGCGAAGUGGGAACUGGGCUCGUAGGUUCAGGGGCAUCGACGACCGGAUCAAACAGCUCGAUUGGAGCAUGAGUUUCGAAUUUCAGAAGAGUGUGGUUAUCUGGCAUAUAGCUACAAGCACCUUCCUCAGUAACCCCGCCGUCAAAUCGAAGCUGGUCGACAAGGACAUGGCUGAAGAAGUUAAUACUCUGUCUCAUUACAUGAUGUACCUCCUCGUCAAGCAUCCUGACAUUCUGCGCAUGAAACCGGCUGCUAAGGACAUGUUUGAGGAAACCUGCCUCUGUUACGGUUUGGGUAUGCAUAGGUUAGGCUGGAAGAGAAGUAAUGUGGUUGAUUUUCACCAUGUAAUUCUGGAUUACAAUAAAGGGGGCAAGCAUCUUGAGGACGAACCAUAUGAUGGCUUGACGAUGACGCAGCGUCUUAAAUAUAUAGAAGAUCUAUAUGGUGACUUGACGCAUCCCAGUUGGGAUGCUCACCCGGGGGAUGCUGUGCUGGUGAAAGCAUCCACCCUUGCCCACACAUUGCUCGAUGUGGAGUUGGGGCUCACAUAUAAGAUGGCGAUAAUCAGAACGGUGUGGAUGGAGAUGUUGUGCUACGCAGCAACCAAUGCAGCAGAGGGAUUCCACGCCAGGCAGCUGAGCAAUGGUGGUGAGUUUCUGACCCACAUCCUGCUCCUAACUAAAUAUUCCUCUUUUAUAGAUAAUAAUAAUCCAAAGCCGUCCAUGGAAGCUGAUGAAACUGUGGAGGCUAGUACUGCUGACCACGUACAGCUGAAUGUGGAUGAUGAUUCCAAUGAUGAGACCAUCGAAAUCCGCCCAAUGUAGGAGGUCAACAAUCUGCAAGUUUCUUCUCCUGGAAUUCAGCAUCUGCAACUCCAUUCUAGUUGUGUGCGUUGAAGUUGUUACUCCACUUCGGUUCCAGUCUUACUGCGGCUGGUGAAGUACCCCUAUGCAUGUAAUCUCAUCUUCUGCCUUUUUCUAUGUACCGCCGAAAUUAUUAUUGACACUGAUUUGGAUUUUCACUAGCUGUGUCAUGGGUGAAGUAGUUUAACUGUUUAAACUCUAAUGUUUGUAUUGCUUUGAUGUUGCAUCCCUGUAAAAUUCCUC